UGGAAUUGUACGGUUUACAUUUUCCGAUCCCGACCUCCCCGUUCCGACAGCCCCGUUUUUCUCUCUCACCUGAGUAACGUGCACCCUAAAUACACGCAGCGAUUUGUAGGCAGAUUUCGUUAGAAUCUUUUCAAUUUUUCUGAUCCUCCGAUAGAAUUAUUCAUUCUAUAGUAGAAUUAAUAUUAGUGUUGGGGAAAAAGGACAUUUUGCCGAAAGUUUUCCAAGUUUAGAAAGUUUAUUUCGGUCGAGAGCAGCAGCGAAAAUAAGUUCGCGCGACACGACUUGCACGCGUAGUACACCAUCAAGCGAGCCGUGAAAUUCCUUAAUAAUUGAAUCUAGUACAUUGUUGGAGGCUACAGUUCUUGAGGUCCAAUAUCGCCUGCCGUAUCCCAGAGAAUUUCAUAAAGAGGUCCAAUAUUGCCUGCAGUAUCCCAUAGAAUUUCAUAAAGAGAUAGACAAUUCCAACGUGUUCUACUCAGAAUUAAACCCACUGCUUCUUCCCGUCACCCUGAAACCCCCUAGUCAAAAAGUCAUGGAUUUGGACUCAAAGCAACAUCAUAUAACAAACGAUGACCCAAAUGUUACGUUAACUAUCAGACUGAUUAUGCAGGGAAAGGAAGUUGGGAGUAUUAUAGGAAAAAAAGGAGAAAUCGUCAACAGAUUUAGAGAAGAGUCCGGAGCAAAAAUUAAUAUAUCAGAUGGGUCGUGUCCUGAGCGAAUUGUCACAGUAACAGGAUCAACAAAUGCAAUUUUUAAAGCGUUUUCGCUAAUUUGUAAGAAGUUUGAGGAGUGGUGUUCGCAGUUCCAGGACAAUGCCAACAGCGGCAGCGGCGUCCCAAGACCACCCAUCACUCUUCGACUGAUCGUACCAGCCAGCCAGUGCGGUUCGUUGAUAGGAAAAGGGGGCUCGAAAAUUAAAGAAAUUAGGGAAGUGACCGGAGCGUCGAUUCAAGUAGCUAGUGAAAUGUUGCCGAAUUCAACGGAAAGGGCGGUUACUAUAUCUGGCACGGGAGAAGCAAUCACGCAGUGUAUAUAUCACAUAUGCGACGUUAUGCUUAAGUCCCCCCCUAAAGGAGCCACCAUUCCUUACCGCCCCAAGCCCCAAGUCGGCGGUCCCGUACUCCUAGCCGGCGGCCAAGCCUACACCAUCCAGGGCAACUUCGCCGUACCCGCGCACGCUGACGUAAGUACCCCUUUCAUUUCUCCUCUCCUUCCCCCCCACCACGGCCACCCUCACCAUCCGCUACUGGGCGGGCCCCCGUUGGCGGCUGUGGCCCCCCAGGCCGCCCCUACGGCAGUCUUCGAGCUGAAGAACGGACCGUUGCCGGCGCACGCCGCCCUUCCGCCGCAACAUCUGCUGCCAGACGUUGCCGCCUUGACUAAGAAUCCUUUAGCUGGUUUGGCUGCGUUAGGUUUGGGGGGCUUGGCACCAGCCAAUACAGGAGGACUUAAUCCUGCAGAACAUGGUUUUUCAGCUCUAGCUGCAUUAGCUGGCUCCCAAUUGCGAACUUCAAAUACUCGUAAUCAACAAAAUUCCAAUCAACAAACUCACGAAAUGACUGUGCCAAAUGAACUAAUUGGAUGCAUUAUUGGAAAAGGAGGUACGAAAAUUGCAGAAAUCAGACAAAUUUCCGGUGCCAUGAUACGCAUUUCGAACUGCGAUGAUCGUGAAAGCGGCUCUUCCGACAGAACCAUCACUAUUUCCGGAAAUCCAGACGCUGUCGCGUUAGCGCAGUAUCUGAUUAAUAUGAGCGUCGAGCUGCAGAAGGCCAACCUAGAAUCCCAAGGUUCCCCGAACGCCAGCGGUUCCAACUCCACUUCCACUACUGCUGCCACUUCCCCAUUGGCCAGCGCCAUCCCACUCGCUCAGCUCCUAGCCAAGCCUGGAGCCCUCAAUGCCCUCACUAGUCUGAGCGCAUUGGGCGGGCUCACGGAACUGUUAGGCGCGGGUACCGGCUCUACCACUGCUCCAAUUCAAACCACGGGCGUGCACAGGCCGCAUAAGUCUUCGUCGAGUUACGGAAGGUCAAGCGAACAAGGCAGCAAACUGAAGAGCGAAAGGAAUAAGUUUAAUCCAUACUAGAUGUACUUGCCAUUAAUUUCAUAUUUUCGGUAUGAAAAGCUAUCGUUGACUUUAUAUUUUUGACGAUUUUGUAAUUUGACAUAAUAUAUGUAGCAAGCUAGUAUGUAUUGGGGCCAUUUUUAGAAAUUUGUAUUAGUUAUCGCUAUUCUGUAGAAUUGAGAACUGUUUUCCAUUCAUAUCCACGCUUUAAAACUGAUUGUUCUUUUUGGUUUGGUCGAGAUUUAUGAUGAAGGGUUCGAUUUUAACAGUUAUAAAAAAUAAUGUUAAAAUUUUUCAUUGUUUUUAUGUUAUUUAAUACAAUAACGUUAUAUGAAGUACUUAUAAACAAUGUAAUGAUUUGUAAAAGAAUAAUAUUGCGGGAUAGAGAUGGAAUUUUUAUGUUUUUUUUUUCUCUCUUAUGUCUGUUCUUAUAUUUUUUAUUUACUUCUGUUGUAUUUUUCAUACCUUGAACUUCAAGGUAGUAAUUAAUACAUACAAAUAAACAAAUUUUAUUAAAAUUACUUGCAUAUAUGUGUACACACACACAUAUGUGUCACAAAGUCCGCGUCAUAUGGAACUUUUUUAUUUAUUGACUUGUGAAAUUUGACUAGGUUAAACUUUGUUUUUCAUUAUGAUUGUUUAUAUAUUUUUAAAAUAUUUUAAGGAUAUAUUUCGGAAGAAAACUUUGAAUUAAGACUUAAAAUAUCAUAGAUUUUGUGAAUGGAAAGCAGCUCUUGACAGAUAGUGUUAAUUUCUUAAUAAUAGGUAGGAUUUGUACUGAUCUAAGCUAAGAUAAAUGUCAUUUAAUUGUCAAUUUACAUUAAACCCUUACUAAACGUCGACUGAUAUUGAGUUUGUUUAAUAACAUUUUAUUGAAUGAAAAUUAACAAAAUAUAUUGAAUAGACUGAACAAAAAGAUAUAUUAGGUGUAAGUUUACUAAGCCGAAUAAAAUUAAAUAUCCCUCUGUGUUAGUUCUUUUAUUGUACAGCCAAAAAUUUUAUGAUCGUGUGUCAUUCAACAAAGGACAUUUUAUAUAAUUUUUAUAUUCUCAUAAUAUCGAGCAUAAUAUGAAACUUUGGUACGACUGAUAUUGCAAAUUGAGAACUAGCCUCUGUGAAUCCGUCUCAGAUACUGGCUUUUCUCAAAGCCCUGAAACUAUACGAUGAGUUAUAACUCGUUAUAGCUCAAGAAAGGGAGACAAUAGAUCUGCAAGGUCGCGGUGCUUAACUCCUCACCCAAAUAUUCUACAUUCUAAUUUGUUAUUGUUUCAACUUGAACCUAAAAUAUAAUCAUUUUGAAGUCUUAUUCUCAAUAUUGCAGUUUGCAGGAAACAUAUUUGUUGUCAAGUAGUGUCUGAUAAAGGCUGUGAUUCUUUUGUUAAUUCAAUUCAUCCCUAGUUUAAUUACGAAAUUGGUAUUUUUAUUUAUUUAUAUUGUAUGUAGUAUUUGGUAUUUUAGCAUUGGUCUGAACCAGUACAAGUAAUUGGCGCAUAAGCUUCCAUCGACAUUUAGCAAGGGUUAUGUAUAUAUUAAAAUUUUCCAUUAAACAAUUGGCUAUUGGAAAAACAGGAAAUCGUUCGAUUUUCACAAAAUAAAUGUAUACACCCUAUUAUGAGGUUGUAGAUGAUUUUUUUGAUAGUCUCUUGCCGUUUUUCAGAAAACCGAAAAAUUAUUUAAAAAUUGAAUUUUUCUUAAUUUAAGCCGUAUAAAGUAAUAAUUUCAUUAUAAUAUAGUUUAUCUAAAAGCCACACUUCAUUGGGUAUAGAAAAAUACCCAAAAUUUUACUGAAAAACGCCUUUCUUAACAAAAUAAACAAAGCAAAUUCAGACAAGAUGAAAGCUGUGAUGAAAGUUUGACAUUCAUAUAUGCGACAUUCUAUACAAUGAGAGAGACAAAUAUAAUUCUAUAAAUCUAAAAAUGUGCAACGUUGUCAUGUCUUGCACUUUUUCGGUUGAUUAGGGACUAUUAUUAAAAUAAUUGGUAGGGGAUUAGGUUAAUGUCUAUUGUCUAGCUGUAGCUCUAACAAUGUUCUGAUUACUUGGUGUCACUGUUUUGUUUAGUUAAUCAGAUUUUAAUACGCAUCAUCGGAUACGUAAUAAAAAAACAGAAAUAAACAAAAGUGUGAAACCAAGCAAUCAAAAUACACUUACAUCGUGUUUUGGUUUCUAGAGCGAUAACUAGGCAUUAACCUAAUCCCAUCAAUUAUUUUACUAAUAAUGAUUGUUUUGAAUAUUUUCAUCUGUUAUGUGCCAUUGUUAAUUAUGAUAAUGAAAGGAAACCGUAUCAUAAUCCAUAGUCACUUCGCGAAAUACGAUGGUCUAAAAGGAUAAGGGAUACGGUGCCGAAACUCUGUAACACGCCUUAAGGUUUAAAGUUAAUACAACCAGGAAAUCAUGAAAAAGGCUUAAACCAAAGCAAUCACAACUCAUUCGCGACCCCGUUAGCGUCUGGUCUAAAUAUAUUCUAUAUUCUAUGAUAUCAAAGUGUAGUUGUGGGUAAAAAAUUAAUCUGUGAAUCUGGGUACCAGCUAAAUUUAGAUAUAGCAACAUGGCUUUAAAUGUUGCCAAAUUAAAGCCAUGUAUAAAUGUCACUAACACGUGACCUAACAUUUUCAGAUUAUUUACAAAUCUGUUUUUGCAAUUUCCUCUAUUAUGCAUAGAAUUGGACAAAAAAAGUAACAGAAAAUAGCAAAAACCUGAAUGAUUAUUGAAUAUCUAACAAAACUUUAUAAAAUAUGAGAAAUUUUGAAAAAUAGCAUUUGGUUACAUUUUUGGAUUUUUCUGAAAAACGAAAAAAGGGGCCGCCAAAAAAGGUCAGAUUCGUAAUCUGCCACCUCGAAAUAGGGUGGAUGUAAAUUUUGGUGAAAAUCGGACGAUUUCCAGUUUUUCCAAUAAUUACCAAACAAUUUAUUUCUAAUAUGUUAUAUGAAAAUUAACUCGUUCAAGGAUCAUUCUGGCUUUAUUUAGAUUUAAGGCUUAUGAUCAGAACUCUUCGCAAAAAUUGGAUCAGUGAUGCUUUUUGCAAACUACUAUACCCCUAUAAAAAUAUAUCUUUAAAAUAGCUGCAUCUAAAGUAUCCAUCUAACAGUCAUCAGUCUUGCGGGUGAACGCUUCUUCAGCGUUAUAGUCCAAUCAGUGGAGGGCCAUUAUAGGCCUCUGCCAUACAAAAGGUGGUGUAGUAGUAAUUUGUUAAUAUGUUGUUAAGGUUUAGGUCUUGAUGAAAAAUCCAAAUUUUCGACCUUGGGGUGCGACCGCUCGAGCCGCCAUCUUGAAUUAAAGAUACAAAAAACUGUAUUUUUCAAAAUAUAUCCGCAGCGGUUAAUCUUACGAUCAAAAUGUUUUUUCGAUGUAUCAAGUAUAACGGGGCAUCGUAAAAAGGGCGAAACAAUUUGGGUGGAGUAAUUAUUUGGGCGGAGGCAAAAAGGGCGAAGAAUAUUUUGCAGAUAACGAAAUUUUCCCCAAAUUAUUUCCUAAGUACAAUCUUUUUGUUGACGCCCUUCUUGUUUCCGCCCAAGUGACGUAGACCCAAGAAUACGAGCCCAGUCGCAUAUGAAUUGGACCAAGGAAAUAUAUUAACACAAUAUCGCAUUUCUGAACUAAUUUUUAUUAAAUAACUUUAACAAAAACAACUAAGAUAAUUUGCUGCUAUAUGGUAUUAACAACUAAUCAACAAUAUUUGUUGCUUAUUUCAAUUACAACAAAAAUAAUAAAAAAACAAUUAAUUUAUAAAGUCUAUCGCAUAUUAAUUGGCCCAUCAUCUCAUGCAUCAUGAUAAAAAUAUGCUUACGCGGUGAAAUCGAAUAUAUUUUGUCAAGCGGGCCAUGGAGAAACCAAAAUGUUAUAAUAAAAUGGUUGCCCAGUAAUGUCAAUGUAGCGUCUAAUGUCAGUUUGUUUGUUGAUACAAAGUGCUCGUCGCAGUUUUGCUAUGGCAAAUCCCGAAGUUAAUUUGUGUUUCAUUUGUGAUAAACGUUUGAUUGAAAGUGACUCUGACUCAGUUGUUGUGAAGGAGAGAGGCGUGCAGACUUCUCAAAUCGAGUUUUUUUCGCUAAUAAAUCGCCAUGGCACUACCUUAUUUUUAAGUUUUUUUUAUGUUGUGCGUUAUAUUUGGCUCCGUGGCACCGUGGCACUACCUCACCAGCCGUUGCUGUUUAUACCUAUGUAAAAAAUAACGAGAAUUUCGGAAAAAUUACAAAAUUGGGGAAUUUUCCUAUUUUUUUUGGAAAAUAUGUUCAACUUUUCGUCACUGUACCUUCUAUCCAAGAUGGCGGCUCGAGUGGUCCCACCCCAAGGUCGAAAAUUUGGAUUUUUUGUCAAGACCCAAACCUUAACAACAUAUAAAACCACCUUUUGUAUGGCAAAACACCCCACUGACUGGACUAUUAGGCAGCGCCGCGAAAUUAUUUCUGAAUAUUAUUUUAUAGCGUUAACUAAGUAAUAAGCGUAUAUAGUUCACGUUUAUACAUCACCAAUCGUAAGCAAGGAGGCGGUUGCAGUUCAAUUGCGACAUGAGUUGAUGACACGUUGGCUUCUUUAGAUGAAGCUACUCUCACAAAGUAUUUAUAUGAAGUAUUAGACGAGUGGUUGUAUUUACGUGGUUACAAAAGACUUAUACAAGUUACAAGUGGCCGGGGUAUUGUUUUCUUUAGUAUUCCUGGUAUCCUAAGAAAACUGCAACGUUUUAUAUAAAGUAAUAUGAAAUUAAUCAGUUUUUGUACAUACUUAAAUAUUUUUUUGUCGAUUGUGUCGAAAUUCAGCUGUUGUAUUUACAUUAGUAAGGGUUUAACUAAUAUAAAAAAAAUAAGUUCAGUGGCUAAUAUUUAACCUAAAUAUUCGGCGCCACUGGUUGUUUUGUUGUAUUUUUUUUCAGAUUAAGUAACUAAAAAUACAACUUUUUUGUCGAACUUUCUUGAGUUUUUCGCGAAUAAAAAAUGAAUGAUAUAUACAUACAAUCUUUGCAUAACCUAGUAAAUGUCAAAACUCGCCUAUUACACUGCUACAUUUAGAAAAAAAUCAGGUCGUGCCAUGUCACUGUGUUACUUUCCUUAUGAACUGAUACUGCUUUCAUUUAAUUUAAUAUUUUAUCUUUUUAUUUGCGACCAAAGGAAACUUUAUUUUAGUAAUAUUUAAAAAUAUUUUAUUAAAUAAAGUAUCUAUGAAGAAGUAUGUGCUUGAAGAUAUUCAUCAACAUAUCUUAUAUACAGUGGCGGAUCGUGUGUUCUGAAGGGGGAUGGGGCGCACAGCCUUCCGCAAGCAAAAGCUUAUCUACUAUGUUUAGUCCAUAAAGUAUGUCCUUCUAUAAAUCAAACCAAAUAAACUUUUAGUUAAGUGAUUGGCAAGCUUGACCGGCACAGCGUUGCCGACUUUUACAUAUUUUCUUUUAAUCAAAAUAUUUUAGGAAACAAAAACGAAUGAAUUAUAAAUAUAUAAACAGUUAUUAUUUACAUGAACAAAACUCGCCUCCUUAACAGCACUUAUUAAGGGAUAUAACGGGCCAUUAUAAUUGCUUUUCCGUUCGAAAUUUUCUGAUAAGGUUGCGAUGAGUUUUUCGCAACGGCUAUUAAGUUCUUCGGCAUUUUGUACACUUCGCACUACUAUUCACAAUUUUCUGUUGCAAGGUCUGCUAGUAAAAUAUUUUAAGUUUAAUAUAUUAUUACAACAUUACACUUAAACCAAAAACUUGUAAUACAAAACUAAAGUGUCAAAAUCAAUCAAAAUGUCAGGAAAGAAAUGAAUGUGGCAACUUGACAUUUUUUACAGCAGAGCUACCAUCUGAAUCGCCAGCGGGUAAUUUAAAUUCCAGUUAAUCAGCCCGGCGCAGAAUAUGUCCACAGUUGGCAACAAUGAAUUUAAUAAUCGCGUCCUCGAUGACGUAACUAAAAGUUUAUUGGUAUCGAUAGUAGUUUUCAUGCUAGAGGACAGGCCGCUACUGCUUUAUAAGUACAGGAAACGAUUUUUUCAGUUCAAAAUUUCAACAAGAUAAUCUAGUAGCUUAAAUAUAGGGGAUUUAGUGCUAAAAUAAUACAGCUUUUGAUAUAAAAAAAAAUUUGAAUUUGAAAUUUGAAUAUUUUGAAGUUCUUGUAUAUGGUAGUUAUUUUUAAUAGUAUGGUGGUAUAUGAACUUUAUAUUAGAUGGUUUGUAACAAUGACAAAACCAAAGAAAUUGUUUCAAUUAUGGAUUAAUAUAGUUUUUUAGACUUCUUUAUAGGGCUAACUAAUUUACUUUUAUUGUUUUGUGUAUUUAAUAAGUCUUAUUACAAUUAUAAUUUAUGAUUUAAAGAUUUUUUGUGGAGUUCUUUGUAAAUAUUAAAGUAGUAGUAAUUACAAACAUAAGAAUAAUGUUUGCUCAUUAAGUAUUACUCAUACAUCUUAAGAGUUGUCUCGAAAUACACUGGAAAAAUAUAAAGUCAAUAAGAAACUAAUAUUUUUAAAAUAGUGUGUUAUAUUGAAAAUAUAAACCUAUCGAAAGAAGCCUUUUGAUAAGUUUAUCUUUCUCACAGUUUUCAUACAAUUUAAUAUUUAAUAGUCAGGUCAUAAAUGUCUACAUCAAAUUAUAUUUUGCUUUAUUUAAAACUGUAUUAUUGGUCAGAUUUUGGUAUUAAAAUAGGUAAAUGCAUAAUGUAAAUAUAUCAACUUAACGUUGUAAUAUUGGUUUAACAUUUUUAGAUAUAAGCUAAGAUUACAGGGUAAAAAUUGCCACUAACCAUUUUUACACCCAAUUGUAGGGUUAGUUAUUCCUAUGAUCACUUAUAAUCUUACACAAAAAAAAUUUACGUCUAAACCAAUUAUACAGUUUAUUGAAUAACCCAAAGUUUUGUAUUAUUUUAUUUGAUUUUUAUAUUACUGAUAUUUAUAAUUCCGACGCUUCUAGCAAUGGAGGAAAAUAUUUAUUUUAUGCAUAUUUUUUUAUUCUCACAUAUUGAUUAUUAAAAGUAAAAAAAUAUCUAUGUGUAUUAUAAAAUUCGACAUUGCUAUAAGUGGAUGUUUAAUUUAUUUCUGUUCAUUUUUGUGAAUUACUAUUAUUACUUUAUACAAUAAGUUGAUUAGGUCUGAAAAUGUAGGCAGUUUGACAUAUCAUAGUUAAAAGUGACAUAUACAGAUGAUUAAAAAGUACAUUAUAACAUGCUUUUUAUUAUUAUACUUUAUAUAUGAUUAAAUUAGAAUUUAGUUUUAACUUUACGUACAUGCUUGAUUGUAUACCUAUUUAGAUAUAAUUUUAUGACUAAUGUAAUAGUUAAGAGUUCUAAGUAAAUACAGUGUGUGUA